CCAAACUCGUUUCCAUGGCGGCAAGGACCCACGCGCUCCAACUGCCCAGCAACCGUCCUGUUUCAGACUUUAUCCCUGCCAGAGUCCAUUGUCCCAAAGUGUCUUAGCGCCCCAGCCCAAACCGCUGCCCAAGGUCCGCUGGAUCCUAUCCUCGACAUGAGCGACCUGGAGCUGCUGCAGCCUGGGGAGGCUGACGCGCUUGUGGAGCAUUUGCGCAGCUUCCCACCUCUGGAGAUGGGUUCUGAAGGGUGGAGCCAGCAGCACGAGAACCUGGAGAAACUGAACAUGCAAGCCAUCCUUGAUGCCACUGUCAGCCAGGGAGAACCCAUCCAGGAGCUGCUGGUCACCUAUGGAAAGAUCCCAACACUGGUGGAGGAGCUGAUUGCAGUGGAGCUGUGGAAGCGGAAGGUGUUCCCUGUGCUGUGCAAGCUGGAGGACUUCAAGCCUCUGAACACCUUCCCCAUAUACAUGGUGGUACACCACGAGGCCUCCAUAAUCAACCUCCUGGAGACAGUGUUCUUCCACAAGGAGGUGUGUGAAUCAGCAGAUGACACUCUCUUAGACCUGGUAGACUACUGCCACCGCAAACUGACACUGCUGGUAGCCCAGACCGGCCAUGGUGGCCCCCCUAAAGAAGAGGGGCUCCAGAACUGUACCCCUAUGCAGGAGCUGCAGAAGCAGGCAGAGCUAAUGGAAUUUGAGAUCUCACUAAAGGCUCUCUCAGUACUGCGCUACAUCACAGACUGUGUGGACAGCCUUUCCCUGAGCACCCUGAGCCGCAUGCUGAGCACCCACAACCUACCCUGCCUCCUAGUAGAAUUGCUGGAGCACAGUCCUUGGAAACGGCAGGAAGGAGGCAAACUGCAGCGAUUUGAGGGUGGCCGCUGGCAGACAUUGACUCCCUCAGAGCAACAAAAGCUGAGCAAAUUAGAAGGACAAGUAUGGAUCGCUCUGUAUAACCUGCUACUGAGCCCUGAGGCCCGGGCUCGCUACUGCCUCACAAACUUUGCUAAGGGACAACUACUCAAGCUUCGGGUCUUCCUCACAGAUACACUACUUGACCAGUUGCCCAACCUGGCAGAUCUGAAGGGCUUCCUGGCCCACCUGGCCCUAGUUGAAACCCAGCCUCCUAAGAAAGACCUGGUGUUGGAACAGAUCCCAGAAAUCUGGCAGAGGUUGGAGCACGAGAAUAAAGGCAAGUGGCAGGCUAUUGCCAAGCACCAGCUUCAGCACAUGUUCAGCCCCUCUGACCAGGACCUUCGCCUGCAGGCACAAAGAUGGGCUGAGACUUAUAGGCUGGAUGUGCUAGAGGCAGUAGCCCCAGAAAGGCCUCGCUGUGCAUACUGCAGUGCAGAGGCCUCCAAGCGCUGCUCUAGAUGCCAGAAGGAAUGGUAUUGCUGCAGGGAGUGUCAAGUCAAGCACUGGGAGAAGCACAGAAAAGCUUGCGUCCUGGCAGCCCAGGGUGACAGAGCCAAGUAAAGGCCAAAGCUGCUGAGGGCUGAACAAAACAACCUACACAGAAUAUUCCCCUCAACUUCAGGACCUGGGUCUGUUUUCUGCCAAGCCUCAGUCUCACUAGUGGUGAGCAGAGCUGUACCAAGUAGUUGUUGACCCAUCCCCACCAAUCACACCAAAUGAAGGCUCCCCACUUCCUGCUCCACCCGGCAGAUAGAGGGAAGGGAGGCCCCGGCUUCAACAAACCAAGGCAGGAGGCGUGGGUGGGAGGAGUGGGUAAGGGCCGGAUGUGGGGACCCUCUUCCUUUAACACAGUAAAGCUGAACCCCAGAAAUGCUA